AUGAGCAGCGAAGAAUUGGCAAAUAAAUGUAUUCAACCCAACGUUUUUCGCAUAAAUCAAGAUUUGCUUUAUCCUUAUGAUUCUUUUGGAAAUUUUGAAACUCUCCGCAUCGGAACUUAUGGAUGCAUCUUCAAAGCGACAAUAAGUAAAUAUAAAACGCUUGUAGUUUUAAAAGACAUCGACGUCAAAUCACCGGGAUUUACUUUGGAAGGGUUUAUCGACAAAUUGAAGAAACAUCAAAGUCUUAAAUUCCACGACAAUAUUUUAAAAGUGUUGGGAGUCACCCAAAAAGGUACGCCAUUCCUUUAA